AUGAUAAAUUAAUAAGUAAACUCUACAAAAACAGAACCAGUAUAAAAUAAUUAUGAUUAAAUGAAAGGUAAUGUGUAAAUUAUAAAUAGGUCCAUUUUAAUAUACACCAUUUACUAUAGACCAUCCAGGAUAACCUGAGGAUGAUUACUCAGUUAAAGACCCAACUGUAAAGACAUUAGAUCGAUCUAGAUUGUGUUAAUCACCCUUUAAUGCCAAUCAUGAGGUUUCCUUCUUAUUUACAUUUUUCAGAUAUUAAAUGAAAGGUUUUCCUUCAUCUAAGAACCCAGUAACUUUCAAUUAUUGGCAUUUACCUAAAAAAGUUAUGAGACUACUAAAGGUUUCUAAAACCAAAAGAAACUCAAACCAAAAUUUGCAGAUCUUCUCAAGGACAAAAUCAACAUUAAUGAAAAAACAAGGAAAUAUUCCUAUAUUUUUGAUUUGGGUCAAUAAGAUAAUAUACCAUCAUGUAUUAACUAUCUAGAUUUCUAGUUGUCUUAUAGCCCAACUCAAAAUUACAUAAAUAUUGGAGUCUCUUUUAUUUAUUGAUAAUGAUAGUUCAGAUUAUAAUCAUUCCAUUAAAAUUUUAACACAUCUAUGUGAUAUUUCUCACUCUCAAACUCAUAGAUUCAAUUAUUAACUCUCUAUCAACAUUUGCAAUAAAUGGAUAUAUUUAAACUCACUUAAUAGCCAUCAUAAAUCAUUACUUUAAAUACUAAUUGAUAUUUGAUCUAGUAAAAUAUAUAUAUAUAUUUACAUAGUUGUUUAUAAUUACCAUCCUAUUUUAAUACAAUUACUGGAGCAUUAUAAUCAAUAUACUAAGCACUAUUCCUAGACUUACAUAAAUAUAAAAGCAAAUCUAAUUGUAUAAAUUCAUAUAAUCAUAGUGAAUAUAAUAUUUUUAAUUCAUUGUCACUAUUUGUAAUUUUGAUAAUAAAAGCGAUAUUACUGGUCCAUGCUUUAACUUGUUUUUGGCUAUUCAAUUUGUUAGAUGAAGAUGAGAAUACCUUCUAAGAAUAGUAUCUACAUUCCUUAUACUAUGUAUUAAGUAUUUUGACAUUCAAUUCUACUUUAAUUGAUAUCAAUAAAAAUUACAGCAUUAUUGUUUAUGCUGUUAUUUCAUUUAUCUCAUUACUAUUCUUAGCCUACUUCUUAGCUAAAAUGCUUACAAUAUUUAAAGAUAAGGAAUUAGAAUAAUAAUUAAGUGAAUUUAUGACAUAAACUAACUUAGAUUCAACUCUUAAACAAAAAAUAUUGAGUCAUUUACUUUAUCAACCAUAAUAUAAUCAUGAUAAAUUUAUAUCAUAAUUAUCCAGUAACUUAAAUUAAGAAUACAAAGUUAGUCAAAGAGCCAAAUUAUUAUACUCAUAUUUUAAACACUUUAAUAAAAGGACCAUUUAAUCAAUUAUUAAUAAUAGUUACGAAAUUGUUUGUUAACCUAAUUAAAAUAUAAUAUAAGAAGGAGUAUUAGAUGAUUGUUCUUUAUAUUUUAUAUUAGAAGGCUCUGUGUAUUUGAAAUCCAGAAAUAAUAUCAAUUUAUAGAUUUUGAAAUAAAAUAAUUCAUUUGGUGAAAUAGAAUUUUACACUCAAAAACCUAGGAAUUUUACAAUUUAAAGUGAAGAAGUAACAAGACUAUUGAAAAUUGAACGAUCAACAUUCUUAGAAUUUUUGAGCUUUAAUGAAAAAGUAAAAUUAAACUGAUAUUAAUAUUUAGUAAUUAUUUUAUCAAUAGAGAGAUAAAAUCAUUUUCAAUUUAGGUUUACCUAUUAAAUGUCCUUGUUGUUUAAAUGAUGAUCAUGUUAUUACAAAAUGUCCAUUAUUGACAUAUAGGCCAGAUAAGAGUUGUAUUAUAAAAAAGUUUAUUUUUCCACAUAGAUAAUUUAGAAGAUAAUGUAUAUAUAUAUUUAUAAUAUAUAAUAAAUAGAUUAAAGAAGAAUCUCUAAAGAUAUGAGUGCAUUAAAGUUUUAUUAAUGUGCAUCAUAAUAUGAAGUGGCAUUUUUAAAAUUAUUUUCAGAUCAAUUAUAGAUGUCAUAACUUAGCCAAUCUUAAUUUCCAUAUGAUGAUUUAGCUAUUAGAGAUUCAUAUGUAAGUGCUAGAAGUUUAACAAAAUUAAGUAGAGAUAGAUCAGUUGUCAAGUCCACUUCAUUUAUGAAAUAACAAUCAGGUUAUGAAUAAUAAUCUUUUCCAAAUAACACAGAUAAUAUAUUGUAUUCAUAAAAAUCAUUAAAAGCUCUAAUUUAGAUUAAGAUAAAGAAUUUUAAAUCAUCAAUGGUAAAUAAGAUAAAAAUUAUGAUGAAUUCGCAUCAUUAUUCAGAACUGAACAAUAGAAAAGAACAUUUGCAACUGCUGGAUUUGGAUCUUAAAGUUUAGCUGCUUCAAAUAAAGAUUUAACAUAAAAAUCAUUAAAUAUUAUUUUGGAACAUGAAAAUUCUGACAGCAUCUCUGAAUCCAACUCUAAGUCAGUAGAGGAAGAGAAUGUUGUUGAUUCUCCUUAAGACAAAUUUGAAAGGAAGAAAAAUGAUCCAAAAUUAACAUUCAAUUAUAAUUUUGAAACUUAAAUGAACGAACUUCAAAAGUAAAAUUAAAGUUAACCUCGUUUAUCCCGUUUAGGAUCUGGUUCUAUUCUAUAGCAAAGUUCAAGAAAUAGUACAUAUAAAUAUCCAGAUGUAAUAAGUUAACGUGAAAAUUCUUCAAGAUCACUUACUUAUAGUCCAAUCCCUUCAAAUAGUUAAUAUAAAUCAGGAAGACCUUCCUCUAAGUAGAAUAGAAAAUCUACAUUUUCAUUCCCAUAAAAAUUAAUUUAAUAAACUCGUUAAGUUGAAAUUGCCAAUUUUGAUGAUAGUAGAAGUUAAUAAUAAAGACCUUCAAUUAGGAAAAUAUCAACUAAAACUGGAACUAAAAUAUCUGUUAUCCCUUCUAGUUUCUAACCAUUUAGUAAUGUGGAUGUAUUUAUUUUUAAUUUAUUAAGUUACCUGUAUAUGCUAAUAAUUCAUUUGGACUUAAUAAUUUUGAUUCUAUGUGUUCUUUUGAUGACUAUUUACCUCAUAAUAAUUAUGAGAUUACUAUUUACAAGUAUAUAUUUAUUAAUAAAUUAUUAAGGGCAAACAAAUUUAGAAAUAUUAAGAAAAUAUAUAUAUCCAAGUACUUAGCUGACUAUUAAUUAUCAAAAAUGAUUUAUUUAUUAAAAUAAAAAAGAUUGAAAACAGUUAAAAGUUAAUAAAAAUUAGAGUGA